GCGCGGCCUCUGUCGCCUCCGGAACGCUCCUUCUCCCGCCGCGACGCUUUCUCCAACCCACCUUUUCCCCGGCUUCGCCUCUGCAUGUCCUAUUCCUCCCCGUCGGCGUCCGAAAUGCUCUGCCUCUCGCCGUGCGCGCCGUGCCCCCAUCGGCCAUCCGCAAGGGCCUCGACCUCCGUCGCUGAUAACACGCACCGCGUAACGCUGCGCCUCGGCACGCCAACCCCGCGGCGAUGCCGGCUCGGGAAGUUCCAGGGCUGCUCCGCUGCGGCGACAACCGCGCCUAUGGAAAAGGCGGCGCCGCCGCGGACGACAGCGGAGAGGUGGGGGUCGUUGCGAGAGAUGCGGCGGGUGUGGUGGGUGUGCGGGAUGGGGUACUGGGUGCAGGGCUUCCGGUGCUUCCCGUGGCUAGCGCUCAAUUUUCACCUCACGCGCGGGCUCGGGCUCAGCCCCGUCGCGCUCCAGCUCGUGCAGAACGCCGGCAGCCUCCCGCUCGUCGCCAAGCCGCUCUUCGGGGUUCUCUCCGACGCUAUAUACAUCGGCCACCAGCACCGACUCCCCUACGUCUCAGCUGGAGCAUUCCUGCAGCUUAUUGCUUGGGGGACACUUGCUAUCAUGCCGGUUACGGGUGACACAUUUACAACUGAAAUGGUAUGCAUUCUGAUUGGAAAUCUCGGAGCAUCUGUGACGGAAGUUGUAAGUGAUGCUGUUGUCACGGAGUUUAGUAGAACACAGAAGAAAGGUGUACUACAAUCUUAUGCAUUCAUAGGUCUUGCAGCUGGAUCCCUCCUAGGGAACUUGUCAGGUGGAUACGUUCUGCUGAGAACACAAGAACCAAAGACUAUGUUCACAGCAUUCUCAGUCCUCCUUGGCCUUCAACUAGCACUCUCCAUGAGUACAAAAGAAACACUGCCAAGUUCCCACGGCAACUCCAACAGUCUUCUUGUCAGAAGUUCUUUGUCGGUCAAUCUUCGCAAGCAAUUCUCGAACUUAAUGACAGCAGUCCGCAAGGAAAGGAUAUUUUACCCACUUGCAUGGAUCAUGACUUCGUUUGCUGUUGUGCCUAGUUUUUCUGGAACGAUGUUCUGCUUUCAAACACAGUAUCUGAAGCUUGAUCCAUCAAUCAUCGGUCUUUCAAAAGUAAUGGGACAGGUCAUGGUCGUAUCUCUAACUGUACUUUACAACCGCUAUCUUAAACAGAUCCCUUUGAGGCGCCUUGUGUGGGGAGUUCAGAUAAUGUAUGCUUUCGCAGUUCUGUCAGAAUUGAUUCUAGUGAAGCAAGUGAACCUUAUGUUGGGAAUACCGAACGAGAUAUAUGUCCUCUGUUUCUCAGCUCUUGCUGAGGCAAUUGCUCAAUUCAAGGUCCUGCCAUUCUCGAUUUUGUUAUCAAGCCUCUGCCCACCUGGUUGUGAAGGUUCGCUCUUUGCUUUCUUCACGUCUGGGUUGGUGCUUUCAGCAAUACUAAGUGGCGUGUAUGGCGUUGGGUUGUCUGCCCUGAUUGGUUUGUCUGCUAGGGACUACUCGAACUUGCCUUUGGGUAUUCUGCUGCAAAGUUUGGCUGCAUUGUUACCCUUAGCGUGGAUAUCUUUUGUACCUGAAAACUGGACUGGGGAUGAGAAGAUUGUAAAGCAAAGAUGAGCACAUUGACAUCAGAUGUAGCAUAACAUUAAAGAUCUGGAUAGCUUUUUUUUUUGAGAAUUAAAGAUCUGGAUAGCUAAUGAGUGACACUGUACAGGACUUUCCCCCCAGGGAACUCUAUGGAAUUACAUGUAUAGGUAUCCAAAGGUGAUCUUUCUUCACAUCAAUGUACUGCGUAUAGCUCAAAUGGUUU